AACUAACUCUGUGUGCAUUUGGAAACUUACUUGAAUAUAGACAAUCUAGCAUAUGCUCAGUUUAGCUGGAGUGUGUAAAUGCGAGUUGUUUUUAUUGCAUCUCCUUCACUUGAAGCGCAUGCUUGCUCCCUGCAUUCCUUAUGAGACAGACUUUAAAUGUGUCAUUAUUUGGAGAAGAGCGUGACCUCUCCCAAAAACUUAAACGCCAGACUAAAUCUGUUUUGCAUGAAGACGAAAGAGUCACUUCCUUCCCCUGGCUUUCUCAAGCACAACCACAGAGCUGCUCUCCGAUUGGCCGGUGGGACAGCCAGAGCUGCUCUCUGAUUGGCCGGUUGGACAGACAGACACUCAGAGCCACACAGAUUGAGUUCAGAGAGUUUAACAGAGGAGUUUGUGUGUAUGUGUCUUCAUGGAGGAGUUUCUUGGCUUGUUUUCGGCCGGCUCUAGUUUCUGUAGUGGAAGAAACGGAUGACUACGCAGAGAUCAUAGAUGAGGAAGACACCUACACCAUGCCCUCGACCGAAUGCUAUGGAUUAGACGCAGCUCAGGACUAUGAGAUCCAGCGGGACAGAAUCGAGCUGGGACGGUGUAUCGGCGAGGGACAGUUCGGUGACGUCCACCAAGGGGUUUACAUCAGUCCGGAGAAUCCAUCAUUAUCAGUGGCCAUAAAGACAUGUAAGAACUGCACUUCUGACAGCGUGCGUGAGAAGUUUCUACAGGAAGCUCUGACAAUGCGGCAGUUCGACCAUCCGCACAUUGUGAAGUUGAUCGGGAUAAUCACGGAAAAUCCCGUCUGGAUCAUCAUGGAGUUGUGUACGCUUGGAGAGUUGAGGUCGUUCUUGCAAGUAAGGAAGUACAACCUGGACCUGUCCACGCUGAUCCUGUUCUCCUACCAGCUGAGCACAGCGCUGGCGUACCUGGAGAGCAAACGCUUCGUGCACCGGGACAUCGCUGCCAGGAACGUGCUGGUGUCGUCCACGGAUUGCGUGAAACUCGGUGACUUCGGUCUCUCUCGAUACAUGGAGGACAGUUCCUAUUAUAAAGCUUCUAAAGGGAAACUGCCGAUCAAAUGGAUGGCUCCAGAAUCCAUAAACUUCCGGCGGUUCACGUCAGCCAGCGACGUCUGGAUGUUUGGUGUGUGUAUGUGGGAAAUCCUCAUGUUCGGCAUCAAGCCCUUCCAGGGUGUGAAGAAUAACGACGUGAUUGGACGGAUCGAGAACGGCGAGAGGUUAGCGAUGCCGCAGAACUGCCCCCCGACCCUCUACAGCCUCAUGACCAAGUGCUGGGCGUACGACCCCAGCAAACGCCCGCGCUUCACCGAACUCAAGACUCAGCUCAGCACGAUCCUGGAUGAGGAGAAGGCCCAACAGGAGGAGCGCUUCCGCAUGGAGAUGAGGAGACAGGUCACCGUGUCCUGGGACACUGGCAAUUCAGACGAGGCUCCUCCGAAGCCCAGCCGACCUGGAUACCCGAGUCCUCGAUCCAGUGAUGGAUAUUUCCCUAGUCCUCAACACGCUGGUCAGCUCAAUCACUACCAGGGGUCUGGAUAUCCCAGUGCACUCGUGCCCGGAGCAGGAUUCCCCCCACAAGCCUCGGUCCUCGACCCACACGAGACCUGGAACCAUCCCGUGUGGUCUCCGAACAUGGAGGAUGGGGCGGCUCUGGGCCGGACUCAGGUGAUGCCCGUCACACACCUGAUGGAGGAGACACUGAUGAAGCAGCAGCAGCAGAUGGAGGAGGACCAGAGGUGGCUGGAGCACGAGGAGAGCUUCUUGAAGCCGGAGUCGAGGAACUCGAGGGGCAGUAUCGACCGGGAGGACGGCGCUCUCCAGACCCCGAUGGGGAAGCAACACGUUUACCAGCCGGUUGGGAAAGCAGAUCACGUGGCUCCCCCGAAGAAACCGCCCCGUCCCGGCGCGCCGAGUCACCUGACCAACCUGACCCCGGUGGACAGUUACAACGAGGGCGUCAAGGUACUCCAGUGGUCCUGCAUGAUCCUGCUCACGAGGGGAAUCUGA